AUGGACCACGUCACCACGUUCCAACUUCCUCGCAGCGAGCAACGAGAGUCUCCUCUUUUCAAUGGCAAGAUUCCUGGCGAGAUUCGCGACCGGAUCCUGGCCUUCACUCUAUCCUGUUACAAUUCGCCCAAAGCCUGGGACAAAGACUCCUCCUACGUGAGACCCGAGUAUAGCGCAUAUCUUGUCGCCGAUACGUCUAUUCUCCAGACGUGUCAGCGCGCCUACGCCGAAAAUUGGUUCCGACCUUGGAUGUCUGCCGUUCACACGUUCUAUCUAGCUUGGCCAGGGCGUCGGCCUAAGGAACCGAAUACUACCCCAGGAUUCCAGAGAGUCCUCGACCGGCUCUUCACGGCACAUGGCGAGGUCGAAAUCCCCCAUGUCAGAGUCUUUGCGCAGCUCUGCGCUCUUGAGGAUGGUUGUGAGCUCCUCAGCCAGAUCCUAAACUUGACCUAUUUCUUUCCACACAGGCUCACCGUGACUAUACGCCAUCAUGACUGGUACGGUUGGGAGGAGGAUGAUCGUCUUCACAUUGGCGCUUACUGGGUCGACACUUGUCGCUUCCCUGCCACUCUUCAUGAAAUCUGUCUGGAACUCGAGAGUCUGCAGAGGAAGAGGAAUCAAAUUGAGUGCAUCGCCGAUCAAAUGAUAGAAAAAUGGCCUUUUGUGAGAAAGGACGGAAUGACCAUGUCUGCCAGAAAGGAGGAAUGCAAAGAGGAUCUGUGGAGUGGAAGUUCAACCUGGCAGGGAAGACGGUGGUUGCGAGACGAAACGAAGCCUGGUAUUAACGAAUACUUUGUCAAGGCCAUUACGUGGAAGCCCAACAGGGGAAGGGCAGAGCGACUGGAGCCAGAGAAUUUGAGUGUUCCGGACUCUUUCCACGCCAUCAUAAGUAACGAGCCCAGUGUUUCUGUCCGGCGGUUGAAUCGCGCCCAAGUUCCAAAGGAUCUGGCAGCGGAUGAGACUCUGCGACGGCUUCAUGAAUGGGAAAGAGAUGACCCCGGAGUUAGUAACAGUAGUGACGAGGAUGCUGACUCUUUCAGACGUUUGGGAUAG